AUGCCGGAGAUUAACAACUUUAAUAAUCAAUUAAAAAAAUUAGCAGGAACACUCUUAUAUCCUAAAACAACUUCUAAAAAACUAUUAGAAAGAAUAGAUAAAGUCUACUUCAAUUCUUAUAGAGAAAGUAAACCUAUUGAUGUAUCAUCGUUAUUAGAAAAUCCUUUACUAUAUAAAAGUCUUCUGUCUGACACCUCUAAGAAAUUAGUUAAUUUAUUUUUAGAGUUAAAGUCAUCAGCUGACUAUCUAAGUUUAAUAAGAAAUAAUCUUAAGAAAAUAGCAUUAGGAUUUGAUUUUACAUUUAAGAUUAAUAAUAAUUUAUUUACAGUAUCAAAUAUAAGACAAAUUAAACCUCAUAUUGAUAUACAAUAUUAUAAUAUUUUACUAAAUAUUUAUCAAUAUUCUUUAAUUUAUAAGAACCUUAAAUAUGAGAUGAACAACCCUAUUUCGGUUACUCAUAAAAAUUAUUUAAGUAAAUGUAAAGAGAUAGUUUUACUUUAUGAACAGACUGUUAUGAAUACUGAUAAUGACUUUAUUAAGUUUUAUUGUGAGAUGUAUGAGAUUUAUGUGAAGUUAAGUCAUAUAAAUAAAAUUCAUAAUAGUAUUAAGAAUAAACAGAUAGUAAGUGAAUGUACCGACAUAAUUUAUGAAGUCCAUAAUCAAUGUACUUCAACUUAUAUCAGUACUGGUGUAAUUAAUGAUAGAUAUAACGAAUAUUUUAUCAGUAGUUGUAUUGAGUAUAAUAAGAUUCCUUCACAAGUGUCUAAGGAAUUAGUUAAUACUAUAUUUUAUAUUGGAAAGAAUAUUAACUUAUUAAAGAAUCUUAAUUCAUUUAAGGAAAGUAAUUUUAAUAUUAAGCUUAAUGACACAUCUGCUUCUUUAAUACUGGUUAAAGCUUUGAAACACGUAAAUGAACAAUUGUAUAGAGAGUUUAUAGUAAGACAUAAGAUAUACGAGUUGUAUGAUUUUAUAAAAAGUAUAUUUUUAUUUCGAAGGGUAGAUUUUAUCGAAUUUAUAUUUGAAGGAUUUAAAAGAAAUAGAAAUUUAUCUAAAAAGAAUUGUCUCGGAAUAAUUGAAGAAGGAUUAUAUGACACAUUUUUUAAUGGCAAUACAGAUUAUCCUGAAAACUUUAUUAAUUUUAUUGAUUUAAUAAUUGAUGAUGUUACACCAUCUGAGUUAAACGUUUAUCUAGAAGAACCAUUUAGUUUAAUUUGUAAGUUAAACUACCCAAUAACAUUAAUCUUUAAUGAGAGUUUUAUUUCGAAAUUAGUAAGUAUAUUUAAAUUUUUAUGGAAGAUCAAAAAAAUAGAAGCUUUGACUUUAAGACUUGGAACACACAAGUAUAUGCUUUUUAUUUACAAAAUACAAAAUUAUAUAUUUUAUGAGUGUAUUAAAGAUAGUUUGUUUGAGUGGGAAAAUAGUGAAUUGGUUUUAAAUCAAUUAACAGAACAAAUUAAUUCUGAUUUGAGUAGUCUAAUUAAAAAUUUGUAUUUCCAAAAUGGGUUUUUUGAGAGAAUUUUUUAUGAAAUUGAAUAUGCUUUAAUUAAGUUGGGAACAGGUGGACAAUUUGAUGAAACUAAAAUUAAAGAUUGUUCUUUAAAAUUUAUUGAGAAUUUAGAGAAAGACUCAAGUAAUAAAUCUUUAAUACUUGAUUAUAUAAGAAUGUUGAUUUAA